AUGUCGAAACGCUUGGCGUUUACUGAAGACGAAUGGAGUGACGGCAGCGGAGACGACAUCGACAGGGGUUUCAGUGGUUCCGCACCACCGAAGAGACGGAGACAGAGUUGGCAGACGUGGCAGUCGUCUCGCGGAACGAGUGGUGACGAUCGCGACGACAAUAACAACAACACAGACACUAAAUUCUGGACCAAAGCCGGCCAUAGCUUACGAGACCUGACAUCAAAGGUGUCGAAGUGGUUGCACACAACCAAUCCAUUCACCAGUAGAUCCACAGACAAUAGACACCAACGACAGACACCGCAAGACAUGAAUACGAGCUGUCGAUCCAAUACAAGCAUUAAUGAGUCGCCCGUCAGAGACAACAGAGGUAUGAACACAACCGCCGGCGCCGCCAAUAGUAUUAGCGCCCGAUUCGCCACUAAUUGCGUGCAAACCAUACCUCAAGCUGUCGAUCCAAUACAAGCAUUAAUGAGUCGCCCGUCAGAGACAACAGAGACUAUGAAUACGUAUAAAAUUUUAUACCAAACCUCGCCUUCAACUCCUAUUAUCUAUACAAUCAAUGCAACGCCACCUCCAGUACCCCUGCAAACGUCGGGCGCAGUCCUAACCAGCGGUCAACCCGUUAUACAUUUAGUGCCCUAUAGUCAGACACCGUAUGCUAUCAGUGCUAACACUAGUCCUAUCACUACUUCGACAGUAUUUUCAGCGCAUAAAUGCCGACAUUGCGGACAAAUCUCGGCCUCACCCAUAGUGGGAAAGUGCGGUCACUGUAACUCCCGGCGCCUCCAGUCGUCGACCACUCCAUCAGCCAUUCCAACGCAGAGGUUCUAUCCCAGCGGUGAUGCCAACAGUCGACUCAACCGUUCCGAGGGUUCUGUGCUUCCGAUGAGCGCUGUUUUGCCCGAUUAUCGAUACAAUCGCAUGCGUAGCCCUGUGGUAGGCGCCAGUCGACUGUCCCACGUGUCCAACGAUGUGCUGAGAAGUCUGGUCAAUGAGAAUCAGAGGCGGACUCAGUCGCUGUCCAGUCAUCACUCGAAUCCCGAAUUAAUAGAACUCGAAGAAGACAUUGUCCCCAAAAAAGCAGUUCAUUCGUUGCCAUCAUCUCAAGAGUCGACAGACAAUGAGUGCAUCGAAAUCAACGACAGAGAAGACGAGGACAACGAGGCAUCGGUUGCCAUACAAUGCGAUCUCAACGCUAGUGACCACCGGAGACAAGGAGAUGAGGUUACCGGUGAUGCGGGCAAUGAUAUACAGAUGUUAGACGAGGUGCAGGAGGACAGUAAGCCGGGCCCCGAAUUUCCGGUGGCGUCACUACCCGACUAUAUCAUGUUCGGCACCUAUAAGACCACCGCUAAGACCAUUGAGUUCGGCAUCGAUGGCAUCAAAGUGACAAACGUUAGCCCCAAUAGUCCGCAAUCCAAGUUUAAGUACCACAUUAUGAUCCCAUUCGUCGAGAUCCAUACCCUGCGCGUGUGCACUGAUCCCAUCCAGUCCAUGGUGUUCGUGAGGCCCACCAUGGAAUCCAACGCUAAGAUCCAGGAUUGCAUGUAUUUGGGACUCCGGUCGCCCAAUGGACUCCGCUUUGACAUCAAUUCGCAAGACCCGAGGGAACAGCUGUUGAUAAUCGUAAUGAAGGAACAAAUCAGUCAACGGUUCGCCGGAUUGUUGAGAAAGCAGUGCUUAGAAGUGAACCCCAAAUGCGAGUACAAUGCGGUCAAUGCCUCUGAGGCUAAGCUGUUGUUACUCCAGUCACAGACGCGCCAGACUACCGGUCCCUCUCAGACCCAACAGCAACGGUUUGAGCGGUUGAUUGCCGGCACUCCUCAGCCCAUUACCACAAAUAACAAGUUUUCGUCGCCAAGUCCUACACAAACGUCCGGCGCUCGUAGCAACCGGAGCUCUGUAUUGAGUUCGACGCCAACCUCAAGAGGCGGUUCGUUAGGGCGCCGGCAGUUGAUUAGUCCCGCGAAACCUGUUGUGCAGACAGUCAUCGAUUUGGACGAUGAGGAGGACGACCAGCAGACUAGUGGUGAGGGCGCCGCCAGUGGUGGUGAUGACUUAACUUCUGUGAUAUUUGCGUACCCGGAGGGCGAACACAAUGCCAUACAUCUGGUGGGGACAGACAUCUCAUGUCUCAACAAAGGAGAGUUUAUUAACGAUAAUAUCGUUAACUUUUUCCUGAGAUAUUAUGUGAAUGAGAUACUGGCGCCCGAAGUGAGGGACAGGACCCAUAUUUUCGACACAUUAUUCUUCAUACAGUUGACGGAAAAGCGCGGACCCAAGAGGACCAGAAACUCAAUGACCAGCGAUGAGAGCUAUACUUUUCAACACAGAUAUGACAAAAAGCUCAAGAAGUGGACUAAAAACGUGGAUCUGUUUGCAAAGGACUUCUUAAUAUUCCCUAUCAUCAAAGAGUCGCAUUGGUUUCUGGCGAUUGUCUGUUACCCUCACGUGGUCUACGAUUUAACCGUCAGUUCUUGUGAUAAACCAAAAGUGGAUUUGUCUGCAGACAAGAUGCCGUGCAUCAUAUUCAUGGACUCGUUAGGGAACGCCAAUUAUAAGAGGCCGUUGUCUCUACCUAUUCGCGAAUUCCUGGCCUACGAAUGGCUGUCCAAAAAGGGCAUAGAGUUGUCAUUUAAGUCGAAAACCAUUCUCAGAGACUACACGCCACAAGUGCCCAAUCAGACCAAUAGUAGUGACUGCGGACUCUUUGUCUUGGAAUACAUCCAGCAGUUCCUGAAGGCGCCCACAGAAGCCCUCCAGAAGCUGGUGUCCAGUCCUAAGAAAGGACUCACAGAUUGGUUCGAUACGCAUGAAGUGAAGUCCAAGAGAGUGAUCAUCCGGUCGUUAAUUAUGGACAGAGUGGAUGAGCCCGAGUUGAGGGCACGACUGGAACUACUCGUCGACGAUAGUAAAGAGUCGGAUGUAGAGGAC